AUGAUUUCCUCAGAGUUAGAUAUUAUUUCGCCUCGAGGACUCAUUGCAGGGAAUGUGGCAGAAGCGGAGAAGCCUCCCACUCAAGCUCACAACUGGAACACGACCAGAACGCGACCGUCAACAGCAGUCAACCAAGUCACCGAUUCAGACGAUUUCUCCCUUACUUCGUCGUGGACUGUGCCAUUGAAGUCUCGAGAUGCUCCUACCACAAUGCCUAUCAAGCCCGAGGCGUCGCAGAGCAAUUCUUCUGACUAUUACGAAGACGAUGACUCCGAAUUUCUCGAGGCGUUGAACAACGCGGUCUUACCUGGCGACUUACCUCGAGAGCCAGUCGGUCAUGAGGCGGAGCAGAAGUUCUCUCAGGACUCAACAUCCUCAGAGGAACUCGAACCACCCCCACCAACGCAACCUUGCUUGAAGAGAUCAAGGAGUUACUUGAGGCGAGAAGAACCAGAAGAAGAGGACAAGAACGACGAAGUGGAUAUUGAUGAUGAUACCUAUGGAGCCUCUCGCUUUGGAGGUUUUGGAGAAUACAUGCGGAGGAAACGGGCAAAGCUGCAAAUCCAAAACGCGGAGAUCAGUCAAGAGGCAGGCUCAGAUAAACGCGAUGGAACAAGUCGGAUAUUCCAAGGUCUCUCCAUCUAUAUUAACGGAUACACACGUCCAUCUGUGCAAGAAUUACGGCAACUCAUAGUCAAUCAUGGUGGUGUAUUUCAGGCAUAUCUUGACCAGAAAUCGUUGGUAACCCAUAUCAUUACUUGCUCUCUGACGCCUGCCAAGAUACGCGAGUUUAAGCACAUGAAGGUUGUUCGACCAGAGUGGCUCGUCGAAAGUGCUGAGCAAGGGGUUCUUCUUCCAUGGAAGAACUACAUAUACAUACACAACGAGAGAAUUGAAGUUUCUCAAGGUGCGAAGGGCAAGCAAAAGGGUCUUCUGGAUGAGAGCAGCAGCACGAGCAACACCGAGACCUCGGUAUCGACAUUCGGCCAGGCUGCCACGACAUCGAAACCGCCUGUCUUUGCCUUUCCACCACCCAAGAAACCCCUCCCUGCUCCUGAUCCUUUGUAUACCACUGACCCCGUCACCAGAGCCGAUGCAGCACGCGUUCCAGGUUAUGCGGCCGACAAGUCCAACCCGAACGCCCAACGAGCCAUGGCCAACCCUGAAUGGCGCAAAGCCCACACCUCCGUGUCAUCCGGUUUCAUCGAAGGAUACUACAAGAAUUCGCGUCUGCACCACCUGUCCACGUGGAAGUCGGAGCUGAAGGAUCUCGUCCAACUUGCUCAAGAACGAGCCGAGUCUGCCUCGAUAUCCGGACAUACAGGCAAGGUUGCGUCGGAGGCACAGCCUGAAGGCAGCGGCACUGGUGGAGGAGUAAGCAUGCGAGGCAACGCACUUGUUAUACGCUCGCCGACGUCGAAAUGGAAGGGCAAGGGCAAGGCUACAGGUGAUGAGGAAAGAGUGAUCAUGCACUGCGACUUUGAUUGCUUCUUCGUUUCUGCUGGGCUGGUCAGUAGACCAGAGCUGAAGGGAAAACCUGUUAUUGUUUGUCAUUCGCAAGGUUCAACGGGCGGGGCAUCGAGCACGAGCGAGAUUGCCAGUUCUAGCUAUGAGGCGCGGAAGUUCGGGAUCAAGAAUGGCAUGAGUUUACAGCAAGCCAGACAACUGUGCCCCCAAGUCAUCACGAUACCCUAUGAGUUCGAGCGCUACAAAGAGUUUUCUCUGCUUUUUUACACCGUCCUCAUGAAGCACGCCGACGACCUUCAAUCCGUCUCAGUCGAUGAGGCCCUCAUAGACGUUACCAACACCGUCAGCGAGCUCCGUUCUCAGGCUCAAAGUCGAGGCUCUAUUCAAGACCCAGCGAAGGACUUCGCAGAGAUGAUUCGUGCUGAAGUGAGGAAAGCCACUACCUGCGAAAUCAGCAUAGGGAUCUCUCACAACAUCCUCCUCGCCCGUCUAGCCACCCGACGCGCCAAACCAGGUGGCUCAUACCACCUCACACCACCCGAAAUUCCUGCCUUUCUUGCGCCUCUAGAUAUCUCCGACUUGCACGGCUUCGGGUGGUCGACGAAGCAGAAGGCGCAGGAGAAGCUCGGGACCACAAACCUCAGCGAGCUGACGAAGAAGAGCAAGGGUGUGUUGAUAGAGGCUUUGGGUAAGGCGACGGGCGAGACGCUGUACAACGCCCUAAGGGGUGUGGAUGAUAAGAAGCUCGAGUCGGAUAAGCCGAGGAAGAGUGUGUCCUGUGAGAUCAACUAUGGUAUUCGGUUUGAGAACAAUGAGCAGGCGGAGGCGUUCAUUCGUCAGAUGGCUGCGGAGGUCAAAAAGAGGCUGGAUGCGAUUGAUAUGGUUGGCCGGUCCAUCACUCUCAAGAUUAUGAAACGAGACCCUACAGCUCCAGUCGAACCACCUAAAUUCCUCGGUCAUGGCGCCUGCGACCUAUUCAACAAGCAAUCGCCCCUCAUCGGUCCAGGAGGCCGAGCCACCAGCGACGACCAGGUCAUAGGAGACCAAGCCUGGCGACUGCUGAAAUCCUUCAACUUUGACCCAAAGGAUCUCCGUGGGAUCGGUAUCCAGGUUCAAAAGCUCGAGUCGAGCUCGGCUGCCACUACCGCACCAGCUGGCCAAGCUGUGCUAGCGUUCAAGACGAAGACCUCUGUUGGUUCGUCGAAAGAUGUCAUGCCUCCGCCUGAGACUCGUGUCCAGCCUCCUUCGAACAACGCUGCUGCUACAAGUGGCGAUCCAGUAAAGCCAUCGAAUCCAACUUUCGACCUGCCCUCGUUCUCACAAGUGGACAAGAGUGUUCUGGCAGCACUUCCGCGAGAUAUACGAGAAGAGUUGGAGAAUGAGUAUAAACGGCGCUCGGCGUCUCCUUUUACGUCUGCUGUACCAGGAGCUGCGCCAGCACGAGGACCGCCGAUGGGGCCACCUCCAGUUCCAGCCAACAGACGAUCCACUACACCAAACAUCUUUCCUGCGAAGCCUGCUGGACGAAUGUCAAAUAUCCAGCGUAUCGCACAGCAGCUUCAGCCUCGCAGCCGUUCCGGUCUGUCGCCCAGCAAGAGCUCCCUAUACGCGUGGGCCCGCAAACCCGAGAAACCAAAGCACGUCAAGAUCAGCCUUUCCAAGCUCCGCGAGCUGAAACUCGAUCCCGAAGUCUUCUUCGCUCUCCCAAUCAAGGUUCAGAGGGAACAGCUCACGCGGGCCCGCAUCCUUCAGCAGAAGGGAUACAUCCCUGAGCCGCCGAAGGAGCGCAAGAUUCUCAAGCCGAAGAAGUUCGUCCUCCCGCCCGAUUUUGUGCCGUACAUCGCGCCGAAACCCAAGGCCCGCCACCCGCCACCGCCGUUCCUCCGCCAGCAGGGAAAGACCAAGGGCGAGAAGCUGUACUUCACCGAGACGGACGAUGUUCAGCGUGUAGUCGAGUCAUGGGUGGAUGUGUACCACCGGUGGGCACCGAGAGACAAGGAUGUGGAGUUCUUGCAGAAGUAUAUCGUCCAGUGCGUUGAUCGGGCAAGGGCGACGGACGUAGGUGUGGAGAGGGCGAUCGCAGUGAUGCAAUGGUGGAGGAUACUGCUAAGGAGGUUGUUCCCUGCGUCUGAGGUUCUCGAUGAGGACGAUCCGGAGGAUAUGGCCCUCAGUCAGAGAAAUUUACUCGGCGAGGCGUGGUGGGCAGCUUUCUAUCAGGUGAAGGAGGAGAUGGAUGUCAUCUCGAGGAAGAGGUUUGGGGGCGUCUUGUCAUUGAAUUGA